UGAUUGGCUCGCGGGCCGAAGAAGGCGGGCAAAAGCGGCCGGGGGCUCCGUCGUCGGGUGCACGCUCACGGUCCGAACCGAGGCGCCGGGAGAGAACUUGCUCUCCGCUGCGUCGUUCUGAGCCCCGCGGGCCGCGGGGGGAGUGCGGGAGGAAGGCGACACUGCUGCCUCGCCGCGGAGACUUGAUCGCUUGCUCACGCGGGUCCCGCGCCGGCGCGGGAGGCAGAGGCGGGCGGCGGCGCCUGCGCGGUGCGGCGCGGCCGGCGGCUCGCAGGGGAGGAGGCGGCGGGAGGCGGCGAUGGAGGUGAAGCGGCUGAAAGUGACCGAGCUGCGGUCUGAACUGCAGCGGCGCGGCCUGGACUCGCGCGGUCUCAAGAUGGAUCUGGCGCAGCGACUGCAGGAGGCGCUGGACGCCGAGAUGCUGGAGGACGAAGCGGGCGGCGCGCCCGGGCCCGGCGGGGCCUGCCAGGCGGAGCCGCGGCCUGCGGCGGCGGCAGCAACAGCAGGCAGCGGCGCGGGCGGGGACGAGGACGAGGACGAGGACGAAGAGGAAGACGAGGAGGCGCUGCUGGAGGAUGAGGAUGAGGAGCCGCCGCCAGGCACGAGCCCCGAGCGGUCUGAGUGCGUCGCGGCCUCCGAGCGUUCCGAGGAGGCGGCCGCGCAGGCCGAACCCGGGCCUGGAGCGAGCGCGGCGCCGGCGGGGGAGGCAGAGGAGGAGGCGGCGGCGGGACCUGGUGGCGUGAACGGCGGCGAGGAGCCGGGCCCCGGCGAGGAUGGCGGCGACGGCGGGAACGACGAGCGGAGCGGGGACGAGGAGCGGAGCGGGGAUGAAGCAGCGGGCGGCGGCGCGGCAGAGGAGCCAGGGGAUGACCAAGACAGUGAGAAGUCAAAGCCAGCAGGCUCAGAUGUUGAGCGUCGAGGGGUGAAGAGACAGCGGGACGAAAAAGAUGAGCAUGGCCGCGCAUAUUAUGAGUUUCGAGAGGAGGCUCACCAUAGUCGCUCCAAGUCCCCACCACCUCCUGAAGAAGAGGCAAAGGAAGAGGAGGAAGAUCACACUCUUGUGAACCUGGACACGUAUACCUCGGAUCUUCACUUCCAAGUGAGCAAAGACCGCUAUGGAGGGCAGCCACUCUUCUCAGAGAAGUUCCCCACCCUCUGGUCUGGGGCCAGAAGCACUUACGGAGUAACAAAGGGAAAGGUCUGCUUUGAGGCCAAGGUAACCCAGAAUCUCCCAGUGAAAGAAGGCUGCACAGAGGCAUCUGUCCUCCGAGUUGGUUGGUCUGUGGAUUUUUCCUGUCCUCAGCUGGGUGAGGAUGAAUUCUCUUACGGCUUUGAUGGUCGUGGACUCAAGGCAGAGAAUGGCCAGUUUGAGGAGUUUGGCCAGACUUUUGGGGAGAAUGAUGUCAUUGGCUGCUUUGCUAACUUUGAGACUGAAGAAAUAGAACUUUCCUUCUCCAAGAAUGGAGAAGAUCUAGGUGUGGCAUUCCGGAUCAACAAGGACUCCUUAGCAGACCGUGCCCUCCUACCCCAUGUCCUCUGCAAAAAUUGUGUUGUAGAACUAAACUUUGGUCAGAAGGAAGAGCCCUUCUUCCCACACCCCGAAGAAUUUGUGUUCCUCCACACCGUGCCAGUUGAGGGGCGCGUGCGCACUGCAGUCCCACCUAAGGCUGGAGAGGAGUGUGAGGUAAUUCUGAUGGUGGGACUACCUGGAUCUGGAAAGACCCAGUGGGCACUGAAAUAUGCAAAAGAAAACCCUGAGAAAAGAUACAAUAUCCUGGGAGCUGAGAUGGUGCUCAGUCAGAUGAGGAUGAAGGGGCUUGAGGAACCAGAGAUGGACCCUAAAAGUCGUGACGUUUUAGUUCAGCAAGCCUCCCAGUGCCUUAGUAAGCUGGUCCAGAUUGCUUCUCGGACAAAGAGGAACUUCAUUCUUGAUCAGUGUAACGUGUACAACUCUGGCCAACGGAGGAAGCUAUUGUUGUUCAAGACUUUCUCCCGGAAGGUGGUGGUGAUUGUCCCUAAUGAGGAAGACUGGAAGAAGAGGCUGGAGUUGAGGAAGGAAGUGGAGGGAGACGAUGUGCCUGAGUCCAUAAUGUUGGAAAUGAAAGCCAACUUUUCUUUGCCUGAGAAAUGUGACUAUAUGGAUGAGGUGACAUAUGGGGAGCUUGAGAAGGAGGAAGCUCAGCCCAUUGUCACCAAGUACAAGGAAGAAGCCAGGAAGUUGCUGCCUCCCUCAGAAAAGCGCACAAAUCGUCGAAACAACCGAAACAAGCGCAAUCGCCAGAACCGAAGCCGUGGCCAAGGAUAUGUGGGCGGGCAGCGCCGAGGCUACGACAACCGGGCCUACGGGCAGCAGUACUGGGGGCAGUCUGGAAACAGAGGGGGCUACCGUAACUUCUAUGACCGCUACCGUGGAGACUAUGACCGAUUCUAUGGCCGAGACUACGAGUACAACAGAUACAGAGACUAUUACAGGCAGUACAACCGGGAUUGGCAGAAUUACUACUACCAUCACCCGCAGGACCGAGACCGGUACUACAGGAACUACUACGGCUACCAAGGGUAUCGGUGAAGCCCCACAUGGCCACCUGUCCAUCACGAAGCUGGAUCUCAGGGGUGCUCGGCACCCUCUAAACACAUCCAAGGAAAACAGGGGCAGGCGGGGUGGGGCUGAGCUGCCGGGGAGGGUGGUGGGGGGUGGGCACAUGGCGGGGUGGGGGGAGGUGGAAACCAACCACAAAACUGUACAUUUUUUUAAAAGUUUGUUGAAAAGAAUAUUGUCUUAUUCUAUAAAAUAUUUCAAACCUAGUUAGGUAUUUGUAAUUGGAAACCAUCUGCGCAGAACUAGGGCUGCUUGGACUAUACCCUGCAGUUGCUAGUGUCCCCAGUGACGCUGGCAACCAUGCAGGCAGUGGUGGGAGGAGGAAGAAGCUCCGCCCAGGAAGGCGCAGGCAGGGGCCAAGGCCUUGUGACCACCAGGCAGCGAAAUAAACGAUUAGCUCUUGGCGAUCACUUUACCCAUGAA